ACCGCGGGUCGUCCACAUUUGGUGUCUGUGCUCUGAGUGUCAAACCCAAGAUGGCACUUCAUCGGUUAUUCCAGCUGUCCUCUCUGCUGCGCUCCGCCGUGGGCCCGACUCUACGAAGGAACGUCGGCAUGUCUGCCGUCGCCUUCAACCAGGCCAAGAACCUCGACCCCGUCCAGAAACUGUUCUUGGACAAGAUCCGUGACUACAGAACCAAGAGCAAGGCAUCUGGUGGCAUUGUGGAUGGAGGACCCUCUUACCAGAAGAACGUGUCUGAAGAGGUCAUCAAACUAGAGAGGCUAUACGGCGGAGGAGACCUCGCCAAGUUCCCCGACUUCAAAUUCGCAGAUCCGAAGCUGGAUGAAGCGGCCAAGUGAAUGCUGUCCAUGUUAUUCUCCUACAUGUCAUCAAUAUGUUGUAUUUAAUAAAAGGUAGUGGAUUGAA